AUGAUUUCCGACAACGACCUCUACCGCCUUGCCAUCUUCCUAGGCUCGUGUGCUAUGAUGAUGAUUGUCCUCUACCACUUUCUCGAUGUCAAUGCUCGCGAUGACGAAGAAACUACCACCGAGUCAAUCAAAAGCACCGAAUCCCCCGUGUCAUCAGACAAUGUCGGAUCAACAACCCAAGCGAAAUAA